AUGAAGGGACUGAGCAAGAUUGGGAUCUCACUCACAGUAGUCUUCGUAGUGUGUCUGCUAGCAUUAAUAAUCGAUGUAUUAUACGUCCUCUGGCGACGGCGAAGUUUCCAGCGACGUAGCACAGCUGUAGAGUAUCCCGAGGAGCAGUUGUCCUCGCCGUCCAAGGAGCUUCUCUACUUUUUCUGUUGGAAAAGCCAGACACGCGUAGAGCCUGACGCAGUUCCGCGGCGGACAGAGUCGGGUGACGAUGAGCUGGUGAGGUGGGAGAAACUGUACGGACCGUCUAGGAUGCUGUUCACCAUCAAGGAGGAGGAGAGGGAGGAUGAUGAAUUUGAUCAUAACAGUUCCUCUGUGGAGAAUGACGCAAGGGAGACACGUGUGUGCAUGGAGGAUGUGGUUGUAGUUGUUCCUGACGACGUCGACGAUGCGACGCCGUUUUCAACGCCUUGUGCCUCCCCUCCAUAUUAUACACCGUCGCCUUCUCCUUCUCACAUAACGGAGAACAUUACUGCUGUAGAAGAUCUAGUUUAA